GGGGCCAUCGUAGUUCCCGCCCAGACUUCCCCAGGCCGCGAGUACAUCGUCGCUAAUACUGUUGCGUGCAAUACUAGUCGUACUGCCCAUGCUACCGACACGGCUAUUUGCGCGACUGCCUCGACUGGAACGACCGGGACCAAGAUGAUUGCGGGCAGGGGACGAUGUCCGCGAAGACGACACGCUAUUUUGUCUGCUGUUGAGAAGACCAUUGGUGGAGACAGAAACAACGCUCUUGCGAAGGGAGCUCUUCCUCGGGAGUCUUGGAUUGGUGUGUUCUUUCUCGCUUGGUUUUCUAAGCAUCGUCACUGGGAUGUCUGUUCCGCUUGACGCUGUACGUCGACGACGAUGAUUUGUGGAAGGAUCGUCGGGUUUGAUGCUACCUGGAGGCGGGUCAAUGACGCCAGUCUCAAAAACGGCCACCUCAUCAUUGUCGCUAUGCAUGGAGGGUUCACUGCUAGCAACUUUGACAACGAUAUCGGAUUCGCCGUUGCGCAACCCAGGCGUUAUAGGUGACGGAAAUGGGGUCAAAUGGUCUGUAGUGCUUUGGGAAAUAACGCUCAAACGUUUUGAAGGAGUUGGAAAGAGAUCGAGCGGAGAGAAUUCAGGAGGCGAGAGACGACGCGGAAAUGUGGCCUUCUCCGCAGGCACCUGGUAGCGAUCGGAACGAAGGGUUUCACCCAGAGAACUGUCGUUUCCACCGCUACUUUCUCCGCUGGAGUUUUUGGCGUGAGCGGAGCGGCCCCGUCUCAUGGCUGAGGCGAGUGGGGUUUGGAGGGGAGCCGGAGCUUUCCUACCCGACUUCUUCUUUUCAUCAACCAUCCGCACAGGACUCUCAGAAGGGCUCUCAGUCGACAAGAAUGCCGACGUCCGAUGCGAUCUAUGUUUUGAUUGCGGUGGAGUGGCUUGACGGGUGGCUUCCUCUUCAUUUACUGCAGUUGCACCGCCCUGGAUCGAGCUCUGCUGCAUCAUGGCUGCCCGUUUCUUCCGCAGCGCCUCCAAGAGAGCCUCCUCCUCUGGUGUCACGGCCAUGAACUUCUGCGCUUCCAACCGAGAUCGAGGCUCACUGGUCGAUGUGCGGACGCUGCGUGACGAUGGCGACUGUGGAGGCACAGCGGUUCGAGGGCGGGCCUCUUCACUCUCGGCCUCACGAAUGACGGACGGUUGCUGCCUUACGUGGCUUGAUCGUCGGCUGUUGGUACUGAAAUUCCGCGGGAACUGCUGCAUGGCAUAUGGCUCCGGUGUAUACAUGACUUCGAUGGUAGCAGCAUUUGUCGACGUCGACAUCAUACUCAGUUUUCCAACCGAUGAUUUCCUAUUAUGGGUUGGCCGCACCGGGAAGGCGGCUUCCGCUUGUCCAAUGAUUAUAUCUCCAUGCUCUGCCAUGUUGAUGCUAUCGCGAACAGAUACUUUAUUCAUGUUAGGAGCCUUGUUAGAAUCCACAUCGCUAUCACCCUCAUCUUCGGAAGAGGAGAAGGAUAAGACGCUCGAGUUUUGCAGAUUGGAGCGCGACAAAGAAGAAUCCUUGGUCCUGGCUGUGGUCUGUGAUGUCAGGCUUUGCAACGAAAGCUGGCUGGGUGAAUUCAACCGGUGAGCCAAGGUGGGUUUGGAAUGACUAUACUGUGCCUUUCUGGGAUCCAGCAUUUGAUGUGCGACGUGUGGCUGCUGAGCUCUAGACGCACUGGAGCUUUGCUCCAUAUGUCCAGGAAAAGAAUUUUUCUGUCGAAGGGCAGGUUCAUGAUUACGAUGUUGGGCAGGAGCCGGGGAAGGACCCGGUGGGGCGUCUUCCUCUUCAUCGAAUUCGUCGCUGUCGAAGCCAUCGAACCAAUGCUUGAUGCCAGGAGGAGGACGACGAACAUUGAUCUUGGCAUUGUCGUACU